UUUAAUAUUCAGUCAUAAAAUUCCUUCAAAUAUUAUUCCCUACUACUUUUUAAAACUCCCAAUAUAUAAAAAUCUUACUAACGAAAAUAGCUUCAGUGGAAGAAGAAAUUCUCAAUAAUUUUUUUUAUUACAUUUAAAGAUCAAAGAAAAGUAUAAAGUCACUAGAUGAAGAAAAAAAAUUAUUUGAGCACGAAAAAAAAUCCAGACAAAUUUGUGAAGAAAAUUUAAAUGAUAAACAAAAAGUGUUGCGCCAAAAACGUGACAAAGAAGAUCGUGAAUCAAUUAAGAGACAAGCUGAGCUUGAAGUUACAAAAACAGAAUUAGCGGAACUGCAGCGUAAAGUAGAAAAUGAAAUUAUCAGUUUAAAGAAUCGGUAUAAAAAAUCACAAAUCAAUAAGCUGGAUGAUGAUUCAAAGUUUGCAGCCAAUCCACGGUUGGUUAAAAUUGAAGUUGAUACUUAUGAGAUCGACAAUCCUGGGCAGCUUGAACAUCACAGUCAAAAUAUUAAAAAGCGGGAAGAUAAUAGUAAUGACAAGAUUAAUAUCAAAAUUAGUAAGGGCAAUGAUAAAAAUAAAAGAUCCAUAAAACGAAGGAUGAUUACUUAUAAUGAGAAAGGUCUUGUAAAAACUUCUGAAGAAGAUAUAGGUAAAGAAAUAGAAGCACUUAAAAAGAUAGUAAGAGAGCAAAUUGAUUUAGAUAAAAGAAGUAAUGAAAUAGAAAACAGUAAUUUAAAAUCUAAUGAGAUAAAAAAUAUUUUCACAAAUAAAUGUCCGCGCUCUAAUGAUGUAGAUAAAAAAAUAAAAAAGAGAUCAGCUUCUUUUGAAAGAAAAAAUAAAUCUAAGAAGAAACCGGUUGUUAAAAAGAGAAAAAAAUCUGUGUCUAAAAAUAUUUCAAUUAAAAGCAAUGUUGUUGAUUCAAAUCUUAUCACUUCUAAAUCAAAGAUAAAAAAUUCAUUGAGAGAGAUACGAAAGACGAGUCAUCAUGACAAAUCAAAACGUAAUAAACACUUGUUACAUAAAAACAAAUAUGAAAAUAAACGCGGUAAAGUUGUCAAAAAGAGUGUUGGUAAUAAAAAUAUUAAGUCUAAAUUAUCUGUUAGCAAUUUGAAUCGUGGGAAGAGAAGAAAUUAGCCUGUUUCUAUUUGUUAUUUAUUUAUUUAUCCAUCAUAUUUCUUGUUGUUUUAAUUUAAUUGUUGUUUUUAACUUUAAUAGAGACACUAUAAAAUAUGGGAUACCGUAGAAAGAGAAGGAAGAUCGGUACAAGCUGUUGAGAAUAAAAAUUCAAAUGGGGAAGAUCAAUCAGACGAUGGAUUAAACGUACUCAAUUCACAAGACAAUGCGCAAAUAGCUUCUGAAUACAAAGAAGCCUUUGGAGGUUUUCCGAAAGAUCCUGCGGAUUCACUCACUCGUUAUAAACGGAUAAAACGAUAUAAAUCAUAGUUAGUUAUUAAUUAGUGACAGAUAAUGAAUUUUAAUCUAGUACUUAACUUUGUAAGAAGAUUUACAUUUGCAGCGAGACAACUUUAUUAUUAAAUUCAUUAAUUAAUAAAAAAUAUAUAUUUUUAUA